AGAGAGCUGUAUUAACAAGGCAAAAUACCUGGGUCCCUUUCUGUACUACUAGAUACUUUGAGUGGUUUUCAAAGUGUCUGGAGUAUAUGUGGAGGAGAGGAUAAUCUCUCUUGAUCUCCUUUCCCUACAACAAAGAUUUCUAAUUUAGGAGGGAAAGAAAGCUGUAACAUAGGUAAGUUAUCUUUUUUUUUCCCGUUUCUUCUUCUUCUUUUUUUUUAAUUAUAGUAUAAGAUUUGAAAGUAAGAAUAGUAUGAAAGCUCUCUUUACAGAGAGGGGGCAUUUGAAAGUAAAUGCUCUAGGUAAGUUUUCUGAUGUGUGCAGGUAAGAGAUGUGAUUCUGGAAAAUAAUGGGAAACUAGAACUGGAUGGAUCAAACGGUGGGUCUGUGGAAGGAGCAUUUGUCAAGAAGCCAAGAGGUUUACUAAGUUCUAGAUUAGGGUCUGUAAUUUACUGAAUCACUGUAAGUCACUUAACUUCUCUGGCCUCUGUUUCAGUUUCUUGAGAUGGUUAGACAAGAUGAUUUUGAAACCUCUUACAGCUCUAAAAUUACUAUUUUAAUGCCAUGCUCUGCUUCUCUUUCUUUUAAAGGUGCAUGCUUUUGUUUGGUUGGUUUGGUUUAUUUUAAAUUCUUUUAUUGUGGAAUGUAUCAUACAUAUAGAAGAGUAUAUAGAAAAUAAGUGUAAUUUUAAUUAAUAACAACAGUAAUAACAAUGAGGACAGCAUAUAGCCAUCGCCCAAAUUAAGAAAUUAAACAUUGCCAGUGUCUUAGAAACUGUUUAUUUUCUGAUCCCACUCAUUUCCCUCCUCCCAAUCAUUUUUCCAAGGUUUUUAAAAGUUGUCAACUGUAUGUGUAUCACUAAAAAUAUACUUUUUUUGUCUGCUUUUGAAGUUAUAUAAAUGGAUUCAUUCUUUAUGUAUUUUAAGGUAUACUUUUUAUUAUGUAUAACACAAAAUGGAUAUACCUCUCUUCGUGUCCUCUCUCAGUCAUUACCCACCUUCAGAGUAACCAUUAUUCAGAUUUUUACCACCACAAAUGAGUUUUGCCUAUUUUUGAACUUUAUAUAACCAGAAACAUACUCUUUUGUGUCUGGCUAUUUUUUGCUCAACAUUAUGUUUUUUUUAAUUUUAAAGUUUAUUUAUUUAUUUUGAGAGAGAGCGAGAGAGUGAGCAUGAGCAGGGAAGGGGCAGAGACAGAGAAUUCAAAGUAGGCUCCACACUGUCAGCAGAGAGCCAGACAUGGGGCACGAACUCACCAGCCCUGAGAUCAUGACCUGAACUGAAAUCAAGAGUCGGUCACUUAACCGACUGAGCCUCCCAGGCAUCCUGCUCAACAUUAUGUUUGUAAAAUUCAUCCGUAUUUCAUUGUAGAAUUGUUUGUUUAUUCUCAUUAUUUUAUAAUAUUCCACUGUAUUAAUAUACCACAAUUUAUGUAUCCAUUCUACUGCCGAGAGACCUGGGGUUCCCAGUUUUUUACUAUAAUGAACGAUGAACAUGGGCACAUAUGAAAGUUUCUCUGGUGGCUCAGUCUGACUUCAGCUCAGGUCAGAAUCUCACCAUUCAUGAGUUGGAGCCUCGUGUGGAGCUCUAUGCUGACAGCUCAGAGUCUGGAGCCUGCUUUGGAUUCUGUGUCCCCCUCUCUCUCUGGACCUCCCCCGCUUGCACUCUGUCUCUCUGUCUCUCAAAAAUAAACAUUAAAAAAAAAUAAAAAAAGAAGAAAGUUUCUCUGGAGUAUAAAUUCAGAAAUGGAAGGUGGGUUAUAGGGUAGACAGGAUAUGUUCAGCUUUACUAAUUAAUGCCAAAUUGUUUUCUAAGAGGUUGUCCCCAUUUACACUUCUGUCUGCAGUACAUGAAUGUUCCUGUUGUUCCACAUCCUUGCCAAAGAGGCCAAAGAGGCUUUUCAGUGUGGUACAACCAUGGGACUCAGAGUACCAGCCUUCCAUUGGUUUUCAGAAGCCCAGGCCAGUCACUUCUCCUGUUUGCUUGCUCCCUCCAAAUCAGGGUAAAGGAUUCAGAUUAUCCCUAGGUCUCUGAUCACAUGCUCUAUUACACUGGGAUAUUGGCCUCGGGUGAGUGGGGUGGUGAAUUUAAUAACAUAAAAAUUCCUGAAUUAAGUGAACAUCUGUAGGAUAUUUUGUUCUUGUACCGAGCACUCAUAGGAUAUAGGAGGGGGCACAGAAGGAAGAAGGGAAGCGAUAUUUUCAGUGUGCUUGUUAUGUUCCAAGCUCUGUGUUGGAAACUUUACAUUUUGGUUAUAACAUUUAAUCCAAAACACAACCUUACAAGGUAGCUCUGAUACCUCAGUUUUAUAGACAAGGAAACUGUGGCUCAGAAAAGGGGUCAUUUGCUCAAGGUCACAGAGCUAAUUAGUGACAGAGUCAGGAUUGAAAACCUGGUCUAUCUGAUUAAAGAGCUCAAAUUCUGCAAUACAACACAGAGAAGGCAAAGUCCCUGCUGCUCUUGAGGUAUUUUGGCUUAGAUUGCCAGUUCCAAGAAUCAGUUCUUCUCAUUUCUGCUUGCCUGUAUUGACCCUCAAAAUUAUGGUAUUCAAUUGAUUAUGGCCAACUCAUUCAUUGAUUUAAACUGUAUUUUAUUUUCAUUCAUUUUUGCUUUCCCUUAUCUUUCAUUUUGCUGUACACAUGAGCACAGCAGAUCCACUGAUGAACAAGAUUUGUGUUGGGGACAUGGCCUUCUACCUGCUGGUCUAAUGUGUUGACCAGAGGUGAGAGUGAAAAAAGACAGGAAGAUUGUGAAAUCUUCUGGUCCAAGUUAUGAUAUGAGAAAACUUUAAGACUGAAGAAAAGGAUGAAAGGAAAUUGAAUGAUGGCUCACUUUUCCUUAAAAAUAGAGGCUCAGUAAAAUUUACUAAUGUAUUAUAUAUCAUGUUGCAUAUAUAAUAAUAAUGGAGAGUGAGGGUAUCUGGGGUAGAUAAGCAGAGAUCUAAACAUGUAGCAGGAAAAAGCUUAGUCUGAUAUAUAAGGAGUAAUGUAGACACUGGAGAAGUCUGAAGAGAAAGUGAGGACAAGAGUAGAAAGUAAACUCACCAGGAACAUUUUUAUUGAUUUGCUGGAGAAUGAGUUCAGAGAUGAGAAGAUAAUAAAGCUGAUCAAUAUAAAAUGUCAAAAUCCCAGCAUUGGGCAAGACCUAAAUGAACCAUCUUGUCCAUUUUUCUGCCUCUAGGUAAAAGGGCCCUUUAAACUUUCUUUAGCUGUUGAGUUGUGAGCUAUGUUGACUUAGGUUUAAAAAAGAAAAGAUAUUGGAGGUGUCAUGGAAGAAGGAGCUAAGGUUAGGUAACUACCAAAUAUGGAUAGAGACUGGGUGUUCAGGACUAGAUGACAAGGAGGGAGGGACAACUGAAAUGCCUUUUGAAAACCCAUGUACCCAUGUGAAAACCCAAGUGUCCAUGUGAAAACAUUGUGGUGAAUCUCUACUAUGAACUAUGUUCUUUGUUGUGUAAUCCUACCUUUCAUCAUCAGAAGCAGACUUAUAAAGUGGCUUCCCUGAGGACAUUUUCUGACUUCAUGGUGUGAAGUUCCCUCAGGCUCUUAAGUCUGGAUGAACCUGAAUGGCUGACCAGAACAAAGAAGUGUAGUGUUCCAUAGUGUUCAGAUAAGGCUUUUAUGCCUUUUUCCCUUAUCUCACAACUGGAGCCACAAUUCUGGUCAAGGCACCGACUUUCUUGAUGAAGUCUGUCCAUCUAUAAAAAAGCCAAGUACCUUACUGGAGUCUUUGCCUCCCAGAGGUGACAUGAAGACGGAUAAGCAGACAGCUGGAACAAAGUGGCCUCUCAGUUCUGAAGGCUAUUAAGUCCAAGAUCAAGGUGUCUGCAGGUUUGGUCUCUUCUGAGGCUUCUCUCUUUGGCUUGUAGAUAGCCAUCUUCUCCAGCAUAAAAGCCACAAUUCUGUUCUUUUUGGAGGUGGAUAUCUGCUCAGACAGUAAGAAUUAUAAGAGCUCUGAGAGCUCAUUUUGAAGGAAUAAUGGAUGAACCAUCCCCCUUGGCCAAACCUCUGGAGCUGAACCAGCACUCUCGGUUCAUAAUUGGUUCUGUAUCUGAAGAUAACUCAGAGGAUGAAAUCAGCAACCUGGUGAAGCUGGACCUACUGGAGGAGAAGGAAGGCUCUCUGUCACCAGCUUCUGUUGGCUCAGAUACGCUCUCUGAUUUGGGGAUUUCCAGCCUACAGGAUGGCUUGGCCUUGCACAUGAGGUCCAGCAUGUCUGGCUUGCAUCUAGUAAAGCAAGGUCGAGACCGAAAGAAAAUAGACUCACAGCGAGAUUUCACUGUAGCUUCACCAGCAGAAUUUGUUACGCGUUUUGGGGGGAAUAAAGUGAUUGAGAAGGUUCUUAUUGCCAACAAUGGCAUCGCAGCAGUGAAAUGCAUGCGGUCCAUCCGCCGAUGGUCUUAUGAGAUGUUUCGAAAUGAACGUGCAAUCCGAUUUGUUGUUAUGGUCACACCUGAAGACCUGAAAGCCAAUGCAGAAUACAUUAAGAUGGCAGAUCACUAUGUGCCGGUGCCAGGAGGACCAAACAACAACAACUAUGCAAACGUGGAAUUAAUUCUUGAUAUUGCUAAAAGGAUCCCAGUGCAAGCAGUAUGGGCUGGCUGGGGUCAUGCUUCUGAGAAUCCCAAGCUCCCAGAACUUCUUUUGAAAAAUGGCAUCGCCUUCAUGGGUCCUCCAAGCCAGGCCAUGUGGGCUUUGGGGGAUAAGAUUGCAUCUUCCAUAGUGGCUCAAACUGCUGGCAUCCCAACUCUUCCCUGGAGUGGGAGUGGUCUUCGUGUGGACUGGCAGGAAAAUGAUUUUUCAAAACGUAUCUUAAAUGUUCCCCAGGAAUUAUAUCAAAAAGGUUAUGUGAAGGAUGUGGAUGAUGGGCUGAAGGCAGCAGAGGAAGUUGGAUAUCCAGUAAUGAUCAAGGCCUCAGAAGGAGGAGGAGGGAAAGGAAUCAGAAAAGUUAACAAUGCAGAUGACUUCCCGAACCUCUUCAGACAGGUUCAAGCUGAAGUCCCUGGAUCUCCUAUAUUUGUGAUGAGACUAGCCAAACAAUCCCGUCAUCUGGAGGUACAGAUUUUAGCAGAUCAGUAUGGCAAUGCUAUCUCUCUGUUUGGUCGUGACUGCUCUGUGCAGCGCAGGCAUCAGAAGAUUAUUGAAGAAGCACCAGCUGCUAUUGCUACUCCAGCAGUAUUCGAACAUAUGGAACAGUGUGCGGUGAAACUUGCCAAAAUGGUUGGUUAUGUGAGUGCAGGGACUGUCGAAUACCUCUACAGCCAGGAUGGAAGCUUCUACUUUCUGGAACUGAACCCUCGGCUACAGGUGGAGCACCCUUGUACAGAGAUGGUGGCUGAUGUCAACCUCCCUGCAGCGCAACUCCAGAUUGCCAUGGGGAUCCCUCUGUAUAGAAUCAAGGAUAUUCGUAUGAUGUAUGGAGUAUCUCCCUGGGGUGAUGCUCCCAUUGAUUUUGAAAAUUCUGCUCAUGUUCCUUGCCCAAGGGGCCAUGUUAUUGCUGCUCGGAUCACUAGUGAAAAUCCAGAUGAGGGUUUUAAGCCCAGCUCAGGAACAGUUCAGGAACUGAAUUUCCGUAGCAAUAAGAAUGUUUGGGGUUAUUUCAGUGUUGCUGCUGCAGGGGGCCUUCACGAAUUUGCUGAUUCUCAGUUUGGUCACUGCUUCUCCUGGGGAGAAAACAGAGAGGAAGCAAUUUCAAACAUGGUGGUAGCUUUGAAGGAACUAUCUAUUCGGGGUGACUUUCGAACUACAGUUGAAUACCUCAUCAAAUUGCUGGAGACUGAGAGUUUUCAGCUGAAUAGAAUUGACACUGGCUGGCUAGACAGACUGAUAGCAGAAAAAGUACAGGCAGAGCGACCUGAUACCAUGUUGGGAGUUGUGUGUGGGGCUCUCCACGUAGCAGAUGUGAGCCUACGGAAUAGCAUCUCUAACUUCCUUCAUUCCUUAGAAAGGGGUCAAGUUCUUCCUGCUCAUACGCUUCUGAAUACAGUAGAUGUUGAACUUAUCUAUGAGGGAGUCAAAUAUGUACUUAAGGUGACUCGACAGUCCCCCAACUCGUAUGUGGUGAUCAUGAACGGCUCAUGCGUAGAAGUAGAUGUGCAUCGGCUGAGUGAUGGAGGGCUGCUCCUGUCCUAUGAUGGCAGCAGUUAUACCACAUACAUGAAGGAGGAAGUGGAUAGAUAUCGUAUCACAAUUGGCAAUAAGACCUGUGUGUUUGAGAAGGAAAAUGACCCUUCAGUGAUGCGCUCACCUUCUGCUGGGAAGUUAAUCCAGUAUAUUGUGGAGGAUGGAGGCCAUGUGUUUGCUGGCCAGUGCUAUGCUGAGAUUGAGGUGAUGAAGAUGGUAAUGACCUUAACAGCAGCAGAGUCUGGCUGUAUCCAUUAUGUCAAACGGCCUGGAGCAGCUCUUGACCCUGGCUGUGUGAUAGCCAAAAUGCAGUUAGACAACCCCAGCAAGGUCCAACAGGCUGAGCUUCACACGGGUAGUCUGCCACGGAUCCAGAGCACAGCACUGAGAGGCGAGAAGCUCCAUCGAGUGUUCCAUUAUGUCCUGGAUAAUCUGGUCAACGUAAUGAAUGGAUACUGCCUUCCAGAUCCUUUUUUUAGUAGCAGGGUAAAAGACUGGGUAGAGCGGUUGAUGAAGACCCUCAGAGAUCCCUCCUUGCCUCUCCUAGAAUUGCAAGAUAUCAUGACCAGUGUCUCUGGCCGUAUUCCCCCAAAUGUGGAGAAGUCUAUCAAGAAGGAAAUGGCUCAGUAUGCCAGCAACAUCACAUCAGUCCUCUGUCAGUUUCCCAGCCAGCAGAUUGCCAACAUCCUAGAUAGCCAUGCAGCUACAUUGAACCGGAAAUCUGAACGGGAAGUUUUCUUCAUGAACACUCAGAGCAUUGUCCAGCUGGUACAGAGGUACCGAAGUGGCAUCCGAGGCCACAUGAAGGCUGUUGUGAUGGAUCUGCUACGGCAGUACCUGCGAGUAGAGACACAGUUCCAGAAUGGUCACUAUGACAAAUGUGUGUUUGCCCUUCGAGAAGAGAACAAGAGUGACAUGAACACUGUGCUAAACUAUAUCUUCUCUCAUGCUCAAGUCACCAAGAAGAAUCUUCUGGUCACAAUGCUUAUUGAUCAGUUGUGUGGUCGGGACCCUACUCUCACUGAUGAGCUGCUGAAUAUUCUCACAGAGCUAACUCAACUCAGUAAGACCACCAAUGCCAAAGUGGCACUUCGAGCACGCCAGGUUCUUAUUGCCUCCCAUUUACCAUCAUAUGAGCUUCGCCAUAACCAAGUAGAGUCUAUCUUCCUUUCAGCUAUUGACAUGUAUGGACAUCAGUUUUGCAUUGAGAACCUGCAGAAACUCAUCUUGUCUGAAACAUCUAUUUUUGAUGUCCUACCAAACUUCUUCUAUCACAGCAACCAGGUAGUGAGGAUGGCAGCUCUGGAGGUUUAUGUUCGAAGGGCUUACAUUGCCUAUGAACUUAACAGCGUCCAACAUCGCCAGCUUAAGGACAAUACCUGCGUGGUGGAAUUCCAGUUCAUGCUGCCCACAUCGCAUCCAAACAGAGGGAACAUCCCCACGCUAAACAGAAUGUCCUUCUCCUCCAACCUCAACCACUAUGGCAUGACUCACGUAGCUAGUGUCAGCGAUGUGCUGUUGGACAACUCAUUCACUCCACCGUGUCAGCGGAUGGGCGGAAUGGUCUCUUUUCGGACUUUUGAAGAUUUUGUCAGGAUCUUUGAUGAAGUGAUGGGCUGCUUCUGUGACUCCCCACCCCAAAGCCCCACGUUCCCUGAGGCAGGUCACACAUCUCUGUAUGAUGAAGACAAGUUACAGGUCCCCAGGGAUGAACCAAUUCACAUUCUGAAUGUGGCUAUCAAGACUGACUGUGAUAUUGAGGAUGACAGACUGGCAGCUAUGUUCAGAGAGUUUACCCAACAAAAUAAAGCUACCCUGGUUGAGCAUGGGAUACGGCGCCUUACUUUCCUGGUCGCACAAAAGGAUUUCAGAAAACAGGUCAACUAUGAGGUGGAUCAGAGAUUUCAUAGAGAAUUUCCUAAAUUUUUCACGUUCCGAGCAAGGGAUAAGUUUGAGGAGGAUCGUAUCUAUCGUCACCUGGAGCCUGCUCUAGCUUUCCAGUUAGAACUGAACCGGAUGAGAAAUUUUGACCUUACUGCCAUUCCAUGUGCUAAUCAUAAGAUGCACCUGUAUCUUGGGGCAGCCAAGGUGGAAGUGGGCACUGAAGUGACAGACUAUAGGUUCUUUGUUCGUGCAAUCAUCAGACAUUCUGAUCUGGUCACCAAGGAAGCUUCUUUUGAAUAUCUACAAAAUGAAGGGGAGCGGCUGCUCCUGGAAGCCAUGGAUGAAUUGGAAGUUGCUUUUAAUAAUACAAAUGUUCGCACUGACUGCAACCACAUCUUCCUCAACUUUGUGCCCACAGUCAUUAUGGACCCAUCAAAGAUUGAGGAAUCUGUGCGGAGCAUGGUAAUGCGCUAUGGAAGUCGGCUGUGGAAAUUACGUGUCCUCCAGGCAGAACUGAAAAUCAACAUUCGCCUGACACCAACUGGAAAAGCAAUUCCCAUCCGCCUCUUCCUGACAAAUGAGUCCGGCUAUUACUUGGACAUCAGCUUGUACAAGGAAGUGACUGACUCCAGGACAGCACAGAUCAUGUUUCAGGCAUAUGGAGACAAACAGGGACCAUUGCAUGGAAUGUUAAUCAACACUCCAUAUGUCACCAAAGACCUACUUCAAUCAAAGAGAUUCCAGGCACAAUCCUUGGGGACAACAUACAUAUAUGAUAUCCCAGAGAUGUUUCGGCAGUCUCUGAUCAAACUCUGGGAGUCUAUGUCCACUCAAGCAUUCCUUCCAUCACCCCCCCUGCCUUCUGACAUGCUGACAUAUACUGAGCUUGUGUUGGAUGAUCAGGGUCAGCUGGUCCACAUGAACAGGCUUCCAGGAGGAAAUGAGAUUGGCAUGGUAGCUUGGAAAAUGACCCUUAAAAGUCCUGAAUAUCCAGAAGGCCGAGAUAUCAUUGUUAUUGGCAAUGACAUCACAUACCUAAUUGGGUCCUUUGGGCCCCAGGAGGAUUUGCUGUUUCUCAGAGCUUCUGAGCUUGCCAGGGCAGAGGGUAUCCCACGCAUCUUUGUAGCAGCCAACAGCGGAGCACGAAUUGGACUGGCAGAGGAAAUUCGUCAUAUGUUUCACGUGGCCUGGGUAGAUCCUGAGGAUCCUUACAAGGGAUACAAAUACUUAUAUCUGACCCCUCAGGAUUAUAAGAGGGUCAGUGCUCUCAACUCUGUCCACUGUGAACAUGUAGAAGAUGAAGGAGAAUCCAGGUACAAGAUAACUGAUAUUAUUGGGAAGGAAGAGGGACUUGGAGCAGAGAACCUUCGAGGCUCUGGAAUGAUUGCUGGAGAAUCCUCAUUGGCCUAUAAUGAGAUUAUCACCAUCAGCUUGGUUACAUGCCGGGCUAUUGGGAUUGGAGCUUACCUUGUCCGGCUGGGACAGAGAACCAUCCAGGUUGAAAAUUCUCACUUAAUUCUGACCGGAGCUGGAGCUCUCAACAAAGUCCUUGGGCGGGAAGUAUACACCUCCAAUAACCAGCUUGGGGGCAUCCAGAUCAUGCACAACAAUGGGGUGACCCACAGCAUCGUUUGUGAUGACUUUGAAGGGGUUUUCACUGUCCUACACUGGCUGUCUUACAUGCCUAAGAAUGUGCACAGUUUAGUACCUCUCCUGAACUCCAAGGAUCCUAUAGAUAGAAUCAUCGAAUUUGUUCCUACGAAGGCCCCCUAUGAUCCUCGAUGGAUGCUAGCAGGCCGUCCUCACCCAACCCAGAAAGGUCAGUGGUUGAGUGGAUUCUUUGACUAUGGAUCUUUCUCUGAAAUCAUGCAACCCUGGGCACAGACUGUGGUGGUUGGCAGAGCCAGGCUAGGAGGAAUACCUGUAGGAGUAGUUGCUGUAGAAACCCGAACAGUGGAACUAAGUAUCCCAGCCGACCCUGCAAACCUGGAUUCUGAAGCCAAGAUAAUCCAGCAGGCUGGCCAGGUUUGGUUUCCAGAUUCUGCGUUUAAGACCUAUCAGGCUAUCAAGGACUUCAACCGCGAAGGGCUGCCUCUGAUGGUCUUUGCCAACUGGAGAGGCUUCUCCGGUGGGAUGAAAGAUAUGUACGACCAGGUGCUGAAGUUUGGUGCUUACAUCGUGGAUAGCUUACGGGAGUGCUCCCAGCCUGUGCUGGUUUACAUUCCUCCUCAAGCUGAGCUCCGGGGUGGCUCCUGGGUUGUGAUUGACCCCACCAUCAACCCCCGGCACAUGGAGAUGUAUGCUGACCGAGAAAGCAGGGGAUCAGUUCUGGAGCCAGAAGGGACAGUAGAAAUCAAAUUCCGCAGAAAAGAUCUGGUGAAAACCAUGCGUCGGGUGGACCCAGUCUACAUUCGCUUGGCUGAACGAUUGGGCACCCCAGAGCUAAGCGCAGCUGAGCGGAAGGAGCUGGAGAACAAGUUGAAGGAGCGGGAGGAAUUCCUAAUUCCCAUUUACCAUCAGGUAGCCGUGCAGUUUGCUGACUUGCACGACACACCAGGCCGGAUGCAGGAGAAGGGUGUUAUUAACGACAUCCUGGAUUGGAAAACAUCCCGUACCUUCUUCUACUGGCGGCUGAGGCGUCUCCUGCUGGAGGACCUGGUCAAAAAGAAAAUCCACAAUGCCAACCCAGAGCUCACUGAUGGUCAGAUCCAGGCCAUGUUAAGGCGCUGGUUUGUAGAAGUGGAAGGAACCGUGAAGGCCUAUGUUUGGGACAAUAACAAGGAUCUAGUGGAAUGGCUGGAGAAACAGCUGACCGAGGAAGAUGGUGUUCGCUCAGUAAUAGAGGAAAACAUAAAAUACAUCAGCAGAGACUAUGUCCUCAAGCAGAUCCGCAGCUUGGUACAGGCCAAUCCCGAGGUUGCCAUGGAUUCCAUCGUCCAUAUGACCCAGCACAUCUCACCCACUCAGCGAGCAGAAGUCGUACGGAUCCUCUCCACGAUGGACUCCCCUUCAACAUAGAAAGAGCUUCCUGCCCAUCCCUGCCCUGCCUCUGGAGAAAAGGGCUAGAGCUGCCUCUUACGCCUGAAACCACUCUGAUGAGAAGGCACAGGAGACCCAGCACUGGAAUCAAAGUGGCAUUUUGCUUCCCCUUGAACGUUUUCAGGUUAUGCAUGACAUAUUGGGACAUAGGGUCACAAAGUCCCCACUGGUCACACCCAUCCCGUUCAGUAUUUAUUACCCUGUCUGUGACUACAGCUCUUUCUCCCUGCAAGGACCCAAGAAGGCAAUGAAGGGUACAAGCAUGUACCAUGAGGUCUCACUACACAAAGCAGGGCUGCUGCUCCUGUCUAUACAGCUACUUGGUCCCAGCCCAGGGAGGUACUCAGCAGCCCUUCCUCACCCCUGGCCCCAUGAGCCUGCAGCCACAGGCAGCAGAGGAGGGCUGGAGUGAGGAGGAAGCCUCGAGUCCACGUUUUUUUUUUACCCCCACAUUCAGCCUGGUACGCACUAGGUACAGGAGAAUAGUUCCCAACUUAAUCACACCAAGGUACCUAUUUAUCCUUCAUGGAGUAUGAAAUCUGCAAGCUCCAUAGGAACUCGAAGAUGAGGGCAAAACCACGAUCCAAGAAGCAGACAAAAAAAGGUAGACCAAGUCACUGCUGUUGAUUUAGGGACCUCAACUGUGGGUUUGAUUCUCUUAGAACAAACAGAAGGACAGUUGACCUACCACUACCUUGCCUGUCCCUGCUCAGUUCUCUGCUGCACCUGCUGGGAGCUGCGCAGACAGCGUGAGAGCCGGAGCGGCAGAAGAAGAGCUGGGGGAGUGACCCUUUCUGUCACUACUGGAAAGUUAGUUACUCAUGCCACAGGGAGAAUGGGCUGGAUAGUCUCUCAUUUUAGGACUCGUAAGGUUAUUACUAUUAAGCCUGGAGCUUUGAUAGUUAUAAAAGGUUAAUAGUGCCUACAGAGUCACUCAGCUCUUUUUCCAGGGCAACUCUCCCAGCAGCGGACGUUCCUACUUCCUUUGGGUCUUGUCUCUCCCUGGAAUGUCCACAAGCAGCAGGUGUAGCCAGUCUCCCCACAGCUGCUGAAAGGAACCCUGGUGACAUCUUUGCUCUGAGCACCAGGAACUGGCCUUCCCCGGUGUGAGCAGGCUUCCAGGGAACACGGAAUCCACAUGACCUUAAGAUUACCUACAACUCCGUCAUGGUGCUGCUGUCUUCCAGGCUCACCGGUCCCUCCCUGGCCAGCGGCAGGGGCCUCCUCACCAAUGGUAGAGAGAGUUUAUUUUCAACAGCCUGUUUAUUCAAAGAAAGAGUUUACUGAUUCCCCCGUUGGUGUUCCUAAAGCAAGAGUGGCAGGUGAUCAGGGCUGGUGUAGCAUGCAGUUCUUACAGUGCAGCUAAUUGCAUUUGUCACUGAUGACCAAGGAGGAAAUAAAUCACUAAGAUGUUCUGGAAGCGGUGGUAUGAAUACUUUCGUACAAGCUACAGUUUUGAGCCUUAACCCUACAGUACACGCACAAGAAAGAGCCCCCUUCUUCAGGAACUGCUUGUGCACAUGAGCACUGUGUAGCUGGAUACAUUACUGACUGCCCUCUGGAACUCGGAGCUUCAGCCAGGCUGCCCUGAUGCAAGGUGCAGGUGUUGAGUAUCAUCAAAGAGGGCAGAAGAAGGUGAGGAACAAUGUUCGGUCCAGAUAGAAGCAUCCACUGUGGCUGGUAUCCGCUUAAAAACUGGAUUCAUCUUGGACCAGAUUAUACUUUUCUGCAAUUAGUAAAAUCUACCUGUAGGUGGUACAAACCCCCUGCACACCCCAGCUGGCCUGUGCUUGCCCUGGCUUUUCUUCAGAGGCAGGGUGGGUUAUAUUCGUGUUACCAAUUCCCCUUCACCAAAUUAUUAUUCAGUAAGUGAAUAUGGUUCCUCUCUAAAAGUCUGUGAUGCCUACUCCCCCAUCCCCAGAGCACCUCACUGUAGGUCUUACCCCAGACAGGAAUUUUUCAUGCAGAGAAGUCAGGAAGAGCCAUAGAACGUGAGCAAUCUGAUAUCCCCCAGCCCAUUAUAUAGGCAAGGUUACUGAGCUAGGAGGAGUAUAAACGAUGUAUUGAACAAGACUUGCUUGAGCCGAGAUCGCCAUAUUCACUUCAUUCACAAAGCAGCCUUCACUUGUCUCGUUGAGCGUUCAAUGGACACAUACCCUGAUGAGCAAGGAGCAUCAAAUGUAUUCUUUCCACGUUUUGUUGAAAUAAACCUCCACAUUUGUAGAAGA